UCAAAAAAGUGAAGGAAAUGAAAAUCACAAAGAAAUACAAAUUUCUGUGGAUGAAUGGGGACAGAAUAAUGAUUAAAAAAGAUGAGACAGCUAGAGCAAUAAAAAUAAUAAGGUUUGAAGAUUUAGAAAAAAUAAUAUAAAGAUAAUUAAAAGUUCUCAAGGCCAGGAUAUUACAUUUACAAUUUAAUUAGUAGCUCAAUAAGGUAAGUUACUAUCUUUUCUCCCUAAUAAAUCUACCAAACAGUAAUAUUAUAGGUAUAAAUAAAAAUAUAACCAUAAAACUUUCUAGAAAUCAAAAUUUUUCAAUUAAAUGAAGAAGAUUUAAAUAACGACAGGGAUUUCAGAGUAUUUCAAGACUUGGAUCAGUCCAAAGAAUUUUUGAAGAAGAACAAGACAGUGAAUGAACUAAAUAUUUUAUGCACCAAUAUUAGAUCACUCAGAAAAAAUUGGGAUACAUUGAGAGCAGAAACUAACAGUAUAAUCAAUGAAAUAGAUAUUCUUGUGCUUAGCGAAAUUAAUAUUAAUAGUGAAGAAACAAAUUUGUAUGGAAUUCAGGGUUUUACAAGUCUAUUUAAAUGUAGGUCCGAUGGGAGAGGGGGAGGUGGAUUGGGAAUUUUUUACAAAGCAGGUAUUAAAGUUGAGAAAAAUGAAAUAGAUUUUGUGUCUGCUGAAUUAAUAUCUUUUAAGUUUUGUGAUAGAAAUACAACAAUAAUAAUCAUAGCUAUUUAUAGACCACCUAAUCAAAAUGUGAAUUUAUUUAAUGAAGAAUUAGAGAGGCUUUUAACAUCAGAAAGAAUGAGUCAAGAAAAAAAUAUUAUCAUGGUAGGAGAUAUAAAUAUAUGUUACCUGUCAGAUAUGUAUGGUUCGAAUAAUUAUAUAAGUGUACUCUACUCUUAUGGUUUAUACAAUACUAUACAAAAGCCAACUAGAGAGGAAACAUAUGGUAACACAGUUGUAUCAUCAUGCCUAGAUCAUGUUAAUGUAAAGUUAGAUCCUAACAACUCUUAUAUUUCAUUUUUGAUUGAAAGCAAAAUUGCAGACCAUUACUGGACAGGGAUCAAAUUGUUAGAAACAUGUACAGAUGGUACACACCAGACUAUGGAAAAUGAAUAUAAAAGUGUCAUUUUAACGGGGAGAGUAAAUGAAUUGAUUCAAACUGAAAAUUGGUGGCCGAUUCUAGACUUAAGAGAACCAUCAGAUAUUUAUAAUGAUAUAGUCAUGAGGUUCGAAAAUAUAUAUGCUAAAAGUGUCAUAAAGGUUAAACAAAAAACUAAGCAACUACAUAAUUCCUGGUUCAAUGAUAGAAUUAAGCUGAUGAUAGAGAGAAAGAACUAUUUAUGGCAAAUGGUUAAAAGAGAUAAACAUAAUGUGGAUUUGAGAAAUCAGUUUAGAAACAUACGAAAUAAGUUAACAGACAUGAUUCGUAAUGAGAAAAGGAAAUACUAUUAUAGGGCUUUCAAUGAUAACUCCAACAAUACUAAGAAAAUUUGGGAAAUCACCAAUCAUUUUAUAAAUAAGAAGAAUAGGCCGUCUCUAAAGGAAUCAAUUAAGUUAAAUUUCAAUAUCAAUGAAGAUCAUCAAAUUAUGAACCUAACAGAGAAAUUUAAAAACAGCUUUAAAGAAAAAAUAGAAGAAAUUACAACAGAAAUGAACGGGCAACACUUUGAUAUAAUACCACAUUUAAAAGAAGGUAACUAUACAAUAGGGGAUAGGAUGAGUAUGAAUUUAAAAAAAAUGAAAGAACAUCAACUUUAUAGUAUCAUUAACAAACUAAACAAUAGAUCAUCUGCAGGACCUGACAAAAUUAGGCCAAAAGAUAUAAUAAAUAACAUUUUCUAUCUAAAGCUGAUCCUGAUGCAUUUGAUUAAUAGGAUAAUUGAAACAGGAAAAAUACCUCAGCGUCUAAAAAUAACACAUCUCAGACCAAUUUUCAAGAAUGGAACAAAGAAAAAUGUAGGUUCUUAUAGGCCAAUAGGAUCAAUCUCAGUAAUUAUGAAAAUUCUAGAACAUUUCAUCUGUAUGCAAUUGAAUCAAUACCUGAUCAAUCAGAACAUAAUAAUGAUGCUCAAUAUGGGUUUAUUCCAAAAAAAUCAACAAUAG